UCAGACAAGCCUUGGAGAAGGAGAGGGCUGGAGCUCUGAGCCCAGAAAUGCCUGGCAAACAGUCAGAAGACAGGCCAAUGGAAGCUGUGGAGGAUGGAGGUGAUGAAGGCCUGGGAGGCCUCACGGUAGAGGAGCUGCAGCAGGGUCAGGAGGCUGCCCUGGCCUUGGAGGACAUGAUGGCGCUGAGUGCCCAGACCCUGGUCCGAACGGAAGUGGAAGAGCUGUACGAGGAAGUGCGUCUCCUUGGCCAGGGCCGGUUCGGCCGUGUUCUGCUGGUUACUCACCGCCAGAAAGGAACACCUCUGGCGCUGAAGCAGCUCCCCAAGGGCUCCACUUCCCUCCGUAGCUUCCUGUAUGAGUUCUGCGUGGGCCUCUCGCUCGGCACGCAUUCAGCCAUCGUGGCAGCCUAUGGCAUUGGUAUCGAGUCAACCAAUUCCUACAGCUUCCUGACAGAACCUGUUUUCCACGGGGACCUCAUCACCUUCAUCCAGCCCAAGGUGGGUCUUCCACAGCCAGCCACCCAGCGCUGUGCAGCCCAACUGGCCUCUGCCCUGGAGCACAUUCACUCCCACGGCCUGGUGUACCGGGACUUGAAGCCAGAGAAUGUGCUGGUGUGUGACCCAGCCUGCCAGCGUGUCAAGCUGACAGACUUUGGCCACACCCGGCCCCGAGGGACCCUGCUCCGACUCACUGGGCCACCGAUCCCCUACACUGCCCCUGAGCUCUGUGCCCCACCACCCCUUCCGGAGGGACUACCCAUCCAACCUUCCCUGGAUGCCUGGGCUCUGGGGGUCCUGAUCUUCUGCCUUCUUACUGGCUACUUCCCCUGGGACCAACCCCUGGUGGAGGUUGACCCUUUCUUUGAGGACUUUCUCAUCUGGCAAGCUUCUGGCCAGCCGCAAGACCGGCCACAGCCAUGGUAUAGCCUGUCACCUGCAGCAGACACUCUCCUGUGGGGGCUGCUAGAUCCUCACCCCCGGAAGCGGAACCCUGUGAGCUCCAUCAAGAGCUAUCUAGGCCAGCCCUGGAAGCAGAGGGAGGGAGAGGCUGAGGAGCUGAGAGAAGAUGGGUCAAGAGGAGGACAGGAAGCUGCAAAGGGGAAGCAACCGGCAAGCUGAGACCUGCUUAGCCUGAGCUGCCUGGCUGUGGCGUCUUCUCUGCUUUCGAUCUGUCCCUUAUCUGUCCUGUGUGUU